GUAUCUAGCUGCCCGCCUAUCAGCAGGUGCGUGCUGCGAGCUGCGGCUGCGCGACUGUGUGGCUUCGUGGAGGCGACUUCGCUGCCCUCAGCUGGGUUCGUGAGUUUUUCGCAUAUCGAACACCAGCAAUGAGCGAUCGCUGCAGCUUCAUCCCUGCGACGCGGGAUGAAGCUGUCUGGGGACAGAUGAAGAGGACAUCGAGAACGCCAUCACGUCUGUUCGAGACUGGUUCAGGAUGCAGCCGCAUCAGCCCGACGAGAUAGAAGACGCACGCAUCGAAAGGAUGUACAUAAACUGCAAAUGCAGCAUAGAGAGAGUUAAGACAGGAUUGGACGCCUACUUCUCUCUGAAGACCAGGUAUCCAGAGAUGAUGAUGAACCGUGACCCUUUGGGACCCGACGUCGUGAGCACCAUGGAACACAUGGAGAUGCUGACAAUGCCUCGCCUCAAAAGACCUCUACCGGGUGCACAUCUUCACAGACCCCGACCCAGACCCCGCAUGGGCCUCCUGGACAAAUUACGGAAAAACCGCCUCCAUGAACCUCGACUGGAUGCUAUUUAAUGACUACUCGCUCGGAGACGUCGUCAUCAUGGACCUGAAGAAAGUAACUGCUGGACACGCCCUCCGGACCGAUAUCAAUGUCAUACGCGCUAUGGAAUUUGGCUACAAGGAAGGUUCUUUCAAAAAAUAGUUCCACGUACAAUGUAACAAAUGUUACCUUCCUUGGAACUUGUACAACUUAAGUAGAAUUUUACCUGUACGUAUAACGAGACGAGUAACACUACCCUUUAGAAUUCUGUGUCAGUUGCUUGUAUUUCUUUGUAUCAAAAUUAAAGUUGUAGAUAUAUGCUGGAAACAG